AUCGAAUACUCUUCUUUCGGAGAUACAAAAUUAAAUGGAACAAAACAUGGCUGAUUCUGGAAAAUGGAAAUUUCGGGGAGAAGGAAACGCUUUUCUAGUGCUCACGAACACGCAGGAGAAAAUGGUGUUUCGACUGGCAAAGUCAACUCACUGGGGGAAAGGUCAUCUCUGCAAGACUGGGAAGACCACCGCUGAGAAGGUUCAUACAGAAAUGGGUUUAGUGGUUGAUUACAUGAAGAAUGUCAUGCAGCCUCUUCUCUCACCCUCAUUUGUCGUCCUCCCUGAGCUGCGUCUGUUGGAUGGAGGUAUAUUGGAGGAGGCAGAAAACCAGAUCCAGGAAUCCAGACCAGCCCAGCGUAAAGGCAAGGAGGUAGAACACAGUACAAUAGACCCUGAUAUGCUGUCAGCCCUCGUCCUGCCUGAUUUGUGUUAUGUACAAGGUCGUGGGACGAACCUGGACAACACCACACCCACUAUCAGUGUGGAAAUCAAACCAAAGAAAGCAUUUAAACACAGCCAUGAUUCCCUGAACAUUUCAUCGGAGGAGAAAUCUCAAGUGUGCAAGUUUUGCAUGCAUCAAAGAUUAAAGGCAAAAGAAGGCCAGUGGCCAGAGACAAGCAGAUACUGUCCGCUAGAUCUCUUCUCGGGAAAUAGACAACGAAUGAGACAUGCUUUGAUAGCGCUGGCUGAAACUCCACAGAAUAAUCUACGAAUAUGUCAAGAUGGGGAGGAGGUUCACGGAGCAUGGAACAAAUUUGACCUGUCUGAAGUACUUCAAAUGUUCUUUGCCUGUAGUCUUUCUACCAUCUCCAACGGACACCACUCUAGAUAUAAGUUGUUGCCGCGUUUUCUAGACCUGGUGUUGGAGGCCCUGCUCUAUGUCCCCGAGGAUGAGGGUGGGGCGAGUGUAGACAUUUCCCAACCCACCAUGUGUUCAUCUCCCGUGCAAUAUUGCCAGAACAGCAGACCCGAGACGUCUAAUUACUUGUCGAGUCAAGACAGCUGCACAAGUGACCGGCUGCCAGCAGGUUGUGUUUUGAACCGUAUCCUGGCGGUACAGCAACUAGACGUUCUGGAUAUUGACGGUGUCUACCCUCUGUACAAAGAAUUAGAACAACAGCCCGAUAUCUGUUCUAGUUACCACCUGGAUGGCCCCUACAAUGAGGGGGACUGGUUAGAGGCCCUUACCCAUGACUGUGGUGAAUUCAUCAUAUCGGACGCCACACUCACAGCGGUCGACAAGGUGAAGAGGUUUCUCGUCUCCAAGACAAUGCAGGAUUGUUCAAUCAUGGUCGCUCUGCAGAGAAUCAAUGAGAAUGAGAACGAGGCAACGAUUGGUCCCUGCCUAACAGACAGUGAGGGUCAACGGUUUCGAUUCUCUGUCACAAUAAUAGACCUGGACCCUAAACCGUUUUGCAAGAUCCCGGCAUAUAAUCGACAAGAUGUGGACAUUGUAAAGGCUUACAGAGAGAGCGGCAUCGAUUAGAAUCUCUUGUCUGGUUUUUGUUCUUUCUGUUAGAUAUAUUUUAUAUAAUUUUUCAAAUAGUUCUGACGCACAUAAGGUAGUCAUGUUUUUUAUCACCUUACAAAUGUGUUAAUUUGUUGGACUAGGCUUGUCUUAGGUUGUUAUAUUACCUACGUGCCAGUAUUCUUUGUGUUCAUUCUAUAAGAUUUAGUCAUACAUUUGUACCUCUGUUAUAUGAUCAGAAAUUUGCAAUCAAAACAUUGAUGUCAUAUAAUGAUGCGUUGCUGAUUACCAAAUCAGCUUACGUAAUUGAUGACUUAAUACUUCCUACAUGUCAUAUGUAAAAUGUCUGAUGGGUAUGUAAUACAAUCUUGUGUUAGAAUUGUAGUGUUAGUUCUAAUUUAUUUGGAACAUUCUCUCUUUCUUCUGAUUAAUUUCAGAAAGUAUAUACAUGUAGCUUGUAAAGCUGCACUUUGUAUAUUCCCAAAGUUGAGAUCUUGUCAAAGCACCGAUAUUGUCAUAGGCAUUAGGGUUUGUUAUGUUGUACCAAAACAAGUUACCAAUGACAUGCAUCAUUCUGUUUAGCAAGGCCCAUAACUCUGUCAUUGUUGAGUUAUUACCCAUAAUAUCGGUUAACUCAUAAAAACAGACAAACAAUUUGAGGGGUGAGUGCAAAAAGGUUUUAAUUGACAUUAAAUAAAGAAGAAGAUAGAAACCUUUUCACUUUCAACCCUCGAAUUGCAUUACAGCGUUCAGCACUAUCAUAAACGCUGGUGUCCCAGCAAUAAAUAUAAUGUUUUAGCAGAAAAUUAGAUAGAAACCCAAAAUACGUCCAAGCAGAAGCUUUAGAACAAACCAAAACAUGAUUGUGCCAAAAUAUAUACAACCUGUUGACAACUGUUUCAAGUUCUGGUAUCAAACUACAUCCAAGCAGAAGCUUAAUCACAAUCUCAAACAUGAUUUUAUUUGCUGAUUGGCACACCAUUCAAAUAUAGUUGAGUGUUGGGCCCUGCAUUGGCUUGCACUACUAUGGUGUAUUAUGGUUUAUUUUUCAAACCUUUAUCUUUAGUAUUUGUGUUUGAGUGUUUGACGUGCAGGAUUGUUUACUUAAUUCAUGUUCUUUGUAGUUAAUGUACAUUUCUUCUCUGAAGAUCUUGUUAAAUUUAUUUGCAAUGGGCAAAAAGUGCUCUAUUAAAGUAUUCUCAGCAGUGCUGCUUGACAUAUAGGUUUUACUUCAUUUUAUAUACAUUUAUUAACUAUGUAUUCAUCUGUUCUGAUUUGUAUCUUUUUAAGUCAGUACUAGGCUUCAAAGUCCUAUCAAAGCCAUCACCCAGAUUAGUUUAGUGAUUACAAAUACAUUACUUGUCAGUAUAAGAAGAACUUCAGUCUCAAGUUCUGGUAAUAACUAUAAUAUUGGUGUAUUCAUUAUUGUACCCCCCCCCCCCCCACACACACACACACACACCCACUCACACAUUUUGUAAGUGCUCAAAUAUAUCUAGAAUGAAAUCUCUUUUUAUUGUGCCAAAAAAUAUACUAUCUGAUGACUUUGUAUGCUCCAGGUGGUUUGUGGUUUUACUGUAUACCAUAUUUAAAUUUUUCUAAUUUGGGCAUGUUGCCUUUUCAAAGGUCGAGGUUACACUUGGAGGUUAUUUGUUCUAGUCUUCAACAGCCAUUUCAAAUUACCUACUAAUUAAAUUAGGCAUUUGUCAGGAUACUGUGACAUUGUUGUUUUGAAAAUGGAAUGAACAUUAGAGAUAAGUCAAAUAAGAGCUCCUUGACAAUGGACCCAUUGUUCAGAACUUUGUUAACUUUGACAGUGUUGUUUAUGUCAUCGUUGUUAACCUUAAAAUCAUUACUCCUCUUGAAGUUUCAUGGAUACACUUGUGAUCUGCAGUUAUUUAACAAGAUUUGAAAGAACUGUCUGCUGUAUUUGUUCUAUUUAUAUGUAUAAGUAGAUCACAAAAUAUUUUACCUUUUAAAAUUAGCAACCAUUCCGUUUACCAUGUUGUUAACUUUUAACAAAGUUUUGAACAAUUGGCCCAAUUUUUGCUAACAAUGUUCUUUUAUAGCACUUAUUUCAACCCAGUUGUGUGUGUUAUGGACAUAUUAUGGACAACUCUUAUGUGCCAGAUAUUUGAUGAUGGUGCCGGUUGUUAAACCUCUACAAACAUGUCAGUAUUUUCCAUCCACUAUCACUUUCCUCAUAGCCAUCUGUAUUCUCACCAUCAUCAUAUCCAAGAAAUGUUUGUAUUUAUGUAUGUCAGAUCGUAAUUGUUUAAGUAUUUUGUUGUUAAGCUUUUCUGUUGUUAAAUGUUAACACUUAUCCAUUGCCAGUUUAUGAAACAGAAAUAUAGAAUCUUACAUCAAUUGCCAUUUAAUACAAAAUGUCAUGAAAUUGUUACACAAUGUUAUAAAGGUCGCAUGGUAUAACAAUAAAUGUAACAUUGUUCUUAUUACAUGUCAUAUUUGUCAUCAUGAAAAAUAUAUAUUUUUGGGAAGAAGUUUGGGGCUAAAUGACAUCAAAGAGAAGUUAUAUUACACUUGUGAUGGUUGUAUCACACAAAACCAAUAACAUCAUGGGAUCAAUACUAUUUAAACUUUAAAGUGACACUCUUAUUCAAAAUCAAUACAUACACAUGUAUAACAAACAUAUAUUUUGAGUGAUAAACCUUCAACUUCUUACUAAAUAAUGCAUUUAUGGAAACUAUUAAUUACUGAUAACAAGUUUAUAACCGUGUAUUUAAUAGAUGAAAACGCAACAAUAUAUUAAAUGAUUGGUGAAUGCUAAAAGAUUUACUGUGAUCUACUAGUGUCUCAUAAGGUAGAAAUACCGUGUUUUCGGCACCUUUCUUUCAAAUUAAACAGAGUAUCCUUCAUAAGAACCAUUGUUUUCGACAUUUAUUAAUCUUUUCUGGUAAUUUAAAACAAUUGUAUUAAAUAUGGUAAAUCUCAUUUGGGAGUAAUAGUGCAUCUUUAAUAAAUCUGUGUUUGAACAAAGUCACUUAACCAUAUUUAUGUUCAUCAUUCAGCUUGUAUGAAAAGCUGUGCAUUUUUCUUGCCAUGCUAUUCUAACUGCCAUUUUUUAAACACCCAUUACAAGCUGAUUUAGGUUUUUGUAUGAAAAUAAAAAAUAAAUAAAAAAUGUUAUGAAAAUAAAUUGGCUUUGCCCAUACUGUGUGGAUGUAGGACGACUCCAUGGGUAGUACUACUGUAUGGUCGGUUAUACCUGUAUUUUUUCAUAGAGAAACAUUACUACAGAUAACCUUCAUUGUAUAAGUUGAUUUGCUCUUUUAUUUUAGAGAGAUUACAAUUCCUGCCUGUGAAAGCCAAAUAAGUAUUAUUUUCUAGGACUUUCUAAUAUUCCAAUUAUCCCAGAACAUCAUAAAGUUGAAUAAAAUCCCCCUUUAUUUGUUGAGAUAAAGAAAACAUCUUUUACAUUUGUUCAUUUUUUCAUCUGUGUGAUGUAUUUUUUAUACUGAUAGUCAGUUAAUUAAGGACAAUAAGUUUUCUUUUAAUUGAAACAUUGAAGAAUGUACACUGGAUAAUCAAAUGGGAUUUGCUGUUGGUUGGUUUGUUUGCUGUGUAGUUCGUACUAUGCCUAAAUUUGUUUAAAAGUUACACACUCUCACAGAUUGACUGUUUUGACAACUUCUUUUUAUUUUUUGUCUUGUAAUGAGCCAAUUUUUGCGUAAAUGUCUGGAAAUCAGUGAAACAAGAUUGCUGACAAAAGAUCAGGUCGCAGUUAUUCAUAUUUACAUUUGAAAAUUGAUGUUUAAUGGGGUUAAGAGUUAAUAACGCUUUAAGAAAAAAUAGGAAUUUUCACCAGUUUCCCAAACGAUUGAGAUCUGUUCAAUUAUGAGUUAACUUGUAUGAAUGAAUUGAUUACAUUGAUACCCAAAAUCAGCUGAUUCUUAGACAAAAAAAUGGAGAACAAAAAUGUCAGAACUAUCAGUCCGUGAGUGUGCAGCCUUAGAAAUGCAUGUGUGCAAUUUAGUUUGUUUCCAAAUUUAGACUAGUACCACAAGUUCUCAAUUUCAAGCAAAGAAAAUAUACUACUCAAAUUUUGACCAGGGUAACAUAAAUCUUGUAUUUACAUUUAAUAUUGAAAGUCUUCAUUUUGUAGGGAAAUGAUGGGCUAUUGAUACCAAUACAUUUCUGUUUUGCACAUGGAAUUUGAUACAAUUUACAGGAAUUAUGCCAUGGGUCAUUUUUCCAGUAUAAUCGGUAUACAGCUUUAUGGUUUACCUUUUUUCACUAACCUAUAUUUUCUAUUGAAAUGAAACUUGUAAACACUAAAUUGUCUUUUAGAUAUACUGUCUCAGAAAAUUUUACGAUUUAUCCAUUAUUGUCAGUUUAGCUUUGUCAAGAAUGAUUGAUAAAGUAUGUUUAAUAAAGCGAUUACUUACAUGAUUGAUGGCAUUAUUGGGGUAUGAACACAGUUGGGCUGGUUAAAUUUGGUGAGUCCAAAGCCAUUUUAUAUUUAUACAGCAAAUUUUGAGUAUGAAAAUAUGUACCUUGUACUUGUUACACUGUUUAAGAAAAUGUUCUCAAUGUGUUUCAAUGUUCACAAACAUGGUGCUGCAAUUUAGUUAAUAUAUUCAUUUCUUUUAUCUUGAUUGUGAAGUAAGCUGAACGCUUAUAGCGUCCAUAUCCUGGGCAGAAACCAGUACUGGUGUCCAUUUGGUAAUGUAAUGGAAUGGUACCCCCGGGGGCUGCACUCUCUUUGGUACCACUUAACCACUGGAUCACUGCACCCUCUAUCCUGCAAUUUCUUGUUUAUAUUUUGUAUUGCCCUCCUUUUUAAAACUUCCCUGUAUGUUUAUUAUAAUGGCUUAUUUGUGCUUAAGUGUAAUAUAAUUACUUACAUCAUUCGCCCGCAUGCAUACCUCUUUUAAAGGCAUUAUUUUUCACCUAUGAGUAUUCCUUAUCUUUUAUUUGACACAUUUUGAAAUGUGCUGCUAUUUAACAGAGAUUUAAUAUAUUAAACUUACUGUUUAUCGUAUUAACAUGCACCUUUUCAGUAAGUCUUUUCUUUGACAACUUCUUUUUUGCACGCUGUUCAUUUUAUUGCUCAUUUUGAGGAUUUUUAUUUUGUUGUAUUUGGUUUGUUCUGUUAUGUAAAAAUCUAUCAAAAAUAAAAGAAAAAAGGACA